AUGGAAGCCAACUUGUUUAUCCAGGUCCCAGCUCGAGCAGAUGAAAUUACUAUUCCCGCAGCCGUCACUCCCGAACUCGUUCCAACGGAAAUAGUUGAUUUUUCGGCUCGCGUUCAAACUCGGGAACAGCUUGUUGAUGAAAUUAGAAAAGCUUCAGUGUUGACCUCCCAAUGGCUGCCGCUAAUUCGUUCUUGUUUCGAUGACAAUGAACCCAGAGUCCCAGUUGUUCUCGUGGGUAAUAAACUCGACCUUGUGCCGACUAGCAAAAUGGAGCAAGUUCUUCCGUUGAUGGAACGAUUUCCCGAGAUCGAGACCUGCAUUGAGUGCUCAGCAAAAACUCUUCGUAACUUGAGUGAAACCUUCUGGUUCGCCCAAAAAGCAGUUCUGUAUCCAACAGGGCCACUUUAUCAAGCAGAAACAAAAGAGGCAAGUUCAAUUUUACUCACACCUGAGUGUACUCGGGCUUUGACACGGAUAUUUCGUAUCUGUGAUGUGGAUAACGACGGUUACCUAUCCGACAAGGAGCUGGAGGCCUUCCAGGAGCGUUGUUUCGCAAUUCCUCUAACCGCCCAAUCGCUGCUCGAUGUCAAACAAUUAAUACGCAAUUCUACCCCCGGAGGGGUUACAGUGAACGGAGUGACCCUUAAAGGCUUUCUGUUUCUUCAUUUGGUUUUCAUCCGCAAGGGGCGUCACGAAACCACUUGGGCGGUCCUGCGUCGGUUCGGUUAUGAUAAUCAGCUUCGACUCUCUAACGACUUCCUCUACCCAAAACUCGUCGUCCCACCCGGCUGCUCCACCGAACUCUCACAAUUGGCCCUCCAUUUCUUACAUACUAUCUUCACUAAGUAUGACCUUGACGGGGACGAGUGUCUGAGCCCAGCGGAGGUUGCCGAGCUCCUGGCCACGUGUCCCGAGGAGGCGCGGCUUUCUGGGGCUGUCGCCGGUGCCCAAGGUGUUGGCAUCGAAGAUCUUGGCCUGUGCGUGGAGACCAACAUAAGGGGCUGGAUCACUCGGCGUGGGUUUAUGUCCCACUGGGCACUAACGGCUUUGCUGGAGCCAAGUCAAGCUCUCGAGUACCUUGCUUACUUGGGCUUCACCUACCAGACAGGAUUCUGUUUCUUGGGAGCUGGUGAUCACAACGGCAACCAGCCAGCACCGAUUGAAAGUAUCCUCAGCCUCUCUCCAUCUUCUUCCACUGCGCUCCGGCAGGACUCACAAAAUGCCUUUGGUUCGCUUACCCACGAGGCAGAAAGCUUAUUGCGCGGGCUGGUGGUCACCUCAGAGCGUCGAAUGGAUUACAUUCGACGUCAGACCAAUCGAACGGUCUUUUACUGCCGGAUUUACGGUGCAAGAAAAGUCGGAAAGACGUGCCUCCUUCAAGGUCUUCUGGGUCGUGGUUUACGAGGGCGUGGUGGGUUUGCUGUCGGUGGGACGACGGGACGAACGUCUUCUUGGGCAGCGGCCAUGGGUAUUCCGGUGUAUGGCCAGCAGCGCACCCUGGUUCUGCAGGAGAUAAGCGCUGGUCAUGGCGAACAAAUGACCGCUGGUGAGGCACUUUCCGCGGACGUUGCUUGUCUUCUCUACGACGUAACUGACGCCGAGUCGUUUCGCUACGUGGCCAACAUUUUCCUGAACUUUUAUCGUGGAACUCGUGUGCCAUGCCUUUUCGUCGCUGGAAAGUCAGAUCAGCCUUGUGUUUUGCAAAACUACUGUCUCGACCCCCAGGAAUUGUGCGCGAAAUACCGUCUAUCCGAACCUAUACCUUUUUCGUCACUUGACGUGAGGCCUCGAUUUAAUGUCCCUAACGAUGGCAGAGGCUGUUAUGAGAGCCCAUCUUCAAAUCGGCAUCGAAGGAGCUCGGCGGACACGGUUAGUCAACGGCCUCCUUCCGCUGCCUCAAGUUCUUGGUUCUUGGACGACUCAGAAUCGGAGGCCAGCCCACGCAGAUCUCUGCAUAACGGUGCGCCUCCGCCGUCGUCUCCACCGUCACAGCGCCUGCUCUCGGCCACUCGUGGUCGAUCGUCCACACCCAACUGUUACACUCGAUAUAACCAAGAAACCACCAAACAGGUGGAUAUGCAGGAUGGCGACUUCCACCUCGUCUAUAUCAAACUCGCCACAAUGGCCAAUUACCCACACGCGAGACGACUGGAGUUGGCGCGGCCGGACUACGCCUGGAAGCUGACACUCGCCGCCACCAUCCUGGCGGGCUUCGGAUUCGUCGCCUUUAGGAUCGCAAAGCCGCACUUAUAG